AAAACCCUAAUCGGUGUUCGGAACAAAUCGCAAAACCCAGAGAUGGUGAGUCCUUCAUCUUCUCGUCAUUCUCUUUCCUCUGGAUUGGCUAGGAAUCUAGGAGUUGCUGUUGCUGCUGCAGCUUAUGCGGGUAAAUUUGGCAUCCGGGCAUGGCAGGCAUUCCAGGCAAGACCACCUAUGGCUAGAGUCCGCAAAUUUUAUGAUGGGGGAUUUCAGUCUACCAUGACGAGGAGAGAAGCAGCUCUGAUUCUCGGUGUCAGAGAAAGUACUCCAUUAGACAAAGUUAAAGAAGCGCAUAGGAGGAUGAUGAUUGCAAACCAUCCCGAUGCAGGCGGAAGCCAUUACCUGGCAUCCAAAAUCAAUGAGGCAAAAGAAAUGUUGCUUGGGAAACGCAAGGGAAGUGGUUCCGCCUUCUGAUCACAUUAAACUUCCAUAUACCUCUGGAAGAUCCCCUGCCAAGAGUUGAGCUUUUUGGACUGAUACGCUCCCUUGAUUUAUGUUCCCUUGAUUCAUAUCUCUGCGAUUUUGUGCAAAGAAUGUUGUGGCAGAGUCCAGAAACUGGAAUAGAGACUCGGGUUUAUU